ACCCAAAAUGGCCGUUGUAACGAACGGGCACCUGCUUGGACUUUAAAUGACUAGAGUGGGCCAUAUGAGAGCCACAUAUUGCUUACACAAUUAAUAUUUUGUAAUUCCAUAAAGUACCCAACGGUUCAGAUAUUCACACUUAGGAUUCAGCGAUGGAUUAGCUGUGAUAUUUUCUUUCAAAGUUUCGUCGCAUUCAUCGGCCGGGGGCUCGAAGCUGGGUCAGAAAAGUUGUGAAAUCGGACACUCUUUCUUUGUUUAUUUUCUGCUGACCAGAUAAUAUUAUUGAUCUCCCGAUCCCAACCCGUGGCGGCUUAGUUACAUAGAAGACCUGUUGCGUCACUAAAAAUACAGUAAAAUAUACAAAAGGUCGGAUGACCCAAAAACGUAAUAUUGUCCGGAAGCUGUCGAGAGCUGUCACACUCACAGUUCGUCUUCUCAGACUUCUGCCGUGUUCUGGAUCGGGUUCGGUGAUUUUCGAGUGCGGAUUAAACUAAACUGUCACCGAAGGAGCGGCCCUAAAAAACAACAACUUGGGUUGGGUUUUUUCAUGUGUUGAGAUAUAUGUUACACACUUCUUACCAACAUAUAUGUAGACUUUUAGUUUAAAUCAUAAAAUUUCACAGAUAAAAUUGUUUUCCAUGAUUUUAUGAUGAAGGAAUACAAAGUAGUCGUUUUAGGGAGUGGUGGGGUCGGCAAGAGUGCCUUGACUGUAAAGUUUGUGUCGGGGAACUUCAUGGAAAAGUACGAUCCAACAAUUGAAGACUUCUAUCGGAAAGAGAUCGAGGUGGACUCGGCACCGUCUGUGUUAGAAAUUCUUGACACUGCUGGGACAGAGCAGUUUGCUUCCAUGAGAGACCUGUAUAUCAAAAACGGACAGGGAUUUGUGAUAGUCUAUAGCAUUACCAGUCUACAGACCUUCCAGGAUAUAAAAACAAUGCGAGAGCAAAUCAUGCGUGUGAAAGGGAUUGAAAAAAUUCCCAUGAUUCUUGUUGGCAAUAAGGCCGAUUUGGAGCACCAAAGAGAGGUACCGUCCACCGAGGGUUCAGCUUUGUCGCAGUACUGGUCGUGUCCGUUUUUAGAGACGUCGGCGAAAAGUACGCAGAACGUUAAUGAAGUGUUUAUCGAAAUAGUUCGCGAGAUGAAUACCAGUCCGGUUAAAGAGAAAAAAGGAUGUUGUCAAAUACUCUAGAGAUAUUAGAAUUUUACCUUGAAGGCUAAACCACAGGCAUUCUCAUGACAUCACAGACCAUGUGACCAGUAUGACCAAUCAGAGGCACCAAAAGAUGCAUCCUCGGCAUCAGCUGACCAAUCAGAUGCUUUGUU